CAUGCCGCCGCUCGCGCAGCACCGCCCUCCGCGCCCGCCAAGACCUCGCACGCCACUCGCACAGACUCAUCAGUUAGCACAACAUAUCAUUGGCCAACAAGUUCAUCAGCAACAAAUACAGCAACAGAUAAAUCAGCUGAAACUGACGCCGCAGCAACAACAAAUAAUCCUCAAUCAACAAAACGCCGGCAUCUCGCAAGCGACGCGCAUCAUCACGCCGCAAGGCACCAUAGUGACGCAAGGACUGCCCACACAAAUGUCACAGCACAAUGUCGGACAAAACCAGACAAAUGGACCUCUACCUCAACAGACCAUGAACGGCCCCGCACAACGUGCUUCACCUCAUCCACAAAUACAACAGCAAGUCAAAAAAGUCGCAGUACAACCAAAUAAUGCUAAUGAAAUGGAUGACCUUGAAGAAAGUAUUACAGCGGCUAUAGUACAGAAACAUCCCAUCAAUGACAACUCCCCACAGCAAUUCCACACUCCACCUCAGAACAGACAGAACCACACCAGCACAUCCGUCCCCCAACAUCAAUUAACAUUCAGUCCCCAACAUUUCCUCAACAAUCAACCGCAACAGACAUUUGAACAAACACAUUUACAACAUUCAACUACUCUGAGCCACUUGCUGAUGGAAACGGAUAAUCCGGAAGAGGAGAGACAAGUGCUUACAUUUGCUAAUGGCCAACGGAUAACCCUUGCAGAAUACAAGAGACUCCACCAGCCAUCACGAUCUCAGCAACUUGUUUCUCAACAAGGCGAAACCGGCCGGCAGACGUUGGUGCGAAGCAAGGAGCAGCCGCGACCCGUGCAGCGAGUACUGCCCAUGCAGAACCAACAGCAGCCAAUGCAUUCCGAUACCAGCGAGUCAGUGAGCAGUGGACCGUCAGAACAAUCAGUAGAACCGCAAUCAGCGAAAAUGCUGAUUUUCCUUCAAAAUGGCGAACAGAGACUGAUCACAUUCACAUUACCCAAAGAGAGCUGUACGUUACAAGAAGUUCUUGAACAGGUCAAUGUACCAUUUUCAGAAGACACACAUAUACAAUGCAUGCAAAAUACAAGUAGCGAAAUAGACUACUUCGUCUCCGUUGGCGCUACGACUAGAAUAGAAGAAAUGUUGGAAAACCAUCCUAUGCUUGUUGGCGACAUGAGUAGUAGAACUUCCCCUAGCGCAUUACCACAAGCACAGAAUAGUGCAAUGUCAACACCAGAGAAGAUCCAAUGUCCUGAUAAUGUGAGCAGUAACAGUCCGUCGUCCCCGGAGCGCCGCUCGCCGCCGCCGCCGCCGCCGCGCUACGUGGACGGUAUGCUGGCGGUCUGCAAGUCUUGUGGAUAUACCGGCUUUGACUUCAGUCGAUGUCAACGGUGUAAAAGAGUUUUCACAGAGGAGCCUAAGAGUGUGCCAACUAAGAAAUUAGAACAAAAGAAAAAGGAACCAGAAAAGACCAGUCUUUUAGACAAACAAAAUACUUGUACUAGUGAUGGCAUUAAACUAAAUUUAUUGAAGACUACCGUGAAGACACUUAAUAAUAAAACACAGGAGAAAAAGCCAACAAGAGUUAGGAAACCAAAAGCGAAACCAGAUCCUGAACCAGUUAUAUUGACGUUAAGCUCUGAUGAAGAGGAUUCUAAUAGCUCGUUACUCAGUGCACAGCAUGAACUGUCCAUCAACAUGAAAGAACCUACUUUGAGUGAAAUUGAAGGAACUUCCGAAAAUUCAUUCGGCAUGGGUCACAUGGACGAUGGAAGCAGAGAAGAGAUUAAUCCAAGUUCUUCUCAAGGAAUCGCUACAACCCUUAACUGUCGAACUAUUAGAAUUGGUUCUUAUAGAUAUACACCAAAGGAGAAGGUAUACAUAUCAUCCAAAGGUAUUAAAAUUAUUGCACCUACCCUUAAAGAUGAAUCAAAAGAUGUGGCAUUACAAAUACAGUUAAAGGAACUUGUUAGGAUAUUAGUCCAUUUUGGAAAAGGACUGCCGGUUAUAUUUGUGUAUACUAUGAGCAGAUGCGGAGCUUAUAUAAGAAAAACUUUGGAUAUGAUAGAUGAUACCGGACCAUACUACAAUCCUAUGUCUGUAAUAGAUCCUUAUAAAAGAAUAACUUUGUUACCUGAAUGUAUAUCAGAGGAUUCAAAGCUCGCCUUAAAAGCUUUAUUUGGUAAAUUAAUGGACGAAUUAAGUGCCCGUGAAGCUAAUGAUAUUUUAGUAAGGACAUGUCCUAGAGAUAGUAAUAAUGUUGCAAAAAUUAUAACUAGGUCUUUGAGUACCUCAAACUCUGGAGCUAAAAGUGCAAACCCCACAGAAAUAAGACAAAUCUUAAUUUAUCCACCCGGUAAGGGCGGUAUACCUAUAAAUACAGAAGACUACAUGUGCCUGGCGCAAGAUCAAUUUUUAAACGAUGUUAUCAUAGAUUUUUAUUUAAAACAUUUAGUACACGAUAUUUUAACACAUGUACAGAGAGAAAAGACUCAUAUUUUUAGCACAUUCUUUUAUAAAAGGCUAACAACCAAACCUAGUAAAGUAAACAAAAUAUCAAAUCCACAUGAAUGGGACAACAGUCUGUCUCCGGCACAAAAGAGACAUGCCAGAGUUAAAACAUGGACUAAAAAUGUGAAUAUAUUUGAAAAAGACUUUAUUGUAGUUCCUAUAAAUGAAAACUGCCAUUGGUUUGUGGCUAUUAUUUGUUUUCCCAGCUUAGAAGGCUGUAGAAGUAUGAUUGACAAUAGAACUCUUAAUCCUCAGCAAAUUAAAAAACGAGAACGACGGUCUUCCAUACAGAUUGGUAAUACAACAAUCACACCGUUAACGAAACAAGAACAGCAGCAGUUCACUUUGAAUUGUGACUCUGAUAAUCUGAGUGAACGAGAUGAAGCAGAGGCUGAUGAAAGUGAUUUAGAUAUGCAAUGUGAUUCAGAGGAUGAUGAAGCAGAGAAAGCGGAAAAAAGAGUAGAACAAACACCAAUUGGUAGAAAUGAACCUAUAAAACAACCCUGUAUAUUAAUAUUUGAUUCAUUAGCCGGUGCCUCCAGGUCAAGAGUUGUGGCGACGUUACGAGACUACCUCACUUGUGAAUAUCAAGCAAAAAUAUGUAAAAAUAAAGUUUUCAACAAAGACAAUAUUAAGGGAAGCUGUCCGAAAAUACCUCAACAAAAUAAUUUUACAGACUGUGGCCUGUAUUUAUUACAAUAUGUAGAACAUUUUUUUAAGGAACCUAUUUUGGAUUACAGUUUACCUAUAAAACAGCUGGCUAACUGGUUCGAUGAAAUUGUAGUAACGCGGAAGCGAGAAGAAAUCUCCAUUUUAUUAAAAGCAUUAAUGCACAGAUACAAUCCAGACUCACAUUUAACUUUACCAGACAUCACAUUCCCCACAUUGAAUGGUAAAUUAAUUGAAAAUGAAGAACAGCAAGAUGAAGCAUCAGAUGGUGAUAAAGGAAAUUCAAGUAAAAUCACAAAACCUGACAAAGACAGUGAACCACCGACACUAACGCUUGUGAAGCAACCUACUGGUGACAUAGUUGUUAAACGUAGUUUCACAGACGCCUCGGAUACAAUACAUUUAAGAAAAACUAUUAGAUUAUCCAGUGACACUGAAAACAAAGCAAUCUUUCCCAUCAAGAAUGAUAAUGAAAACAAAAUUUAUAUACCUCUUAAAUUACAAACGAGUGAUGUUAAAGACUUUCAAAAUAAGUUAUUGGUUACUAAAAAUAAAACAAUCGGUGAUAAAAAAUAUGGUGUACAUAAUCAGAAUGUGUCAAGUUUGAACUGUGUACGACAGAACAGUAGUGACAAUGAUGGCAACAUGUUGCUGAAGACAAGACGGAUAAACAAACUUGAAGAUAUCAAUGAAUCUAGCAAAAAGUUCAAAAGAAAUGAGUGUUGAGAAUAUGGCCUGUCCAUUUAACUCUUAUUUUAAAUUAUUUAAUGUAUAGAUGUUUGAGGGAAUUGUAAAUAUUAGUUAUUUUACGACAUGUAUUUAAUACUGUACUCUAUCUGUUUUAUAAUGAUAAUGUAUAGGUUAAAGUUUAAAUUGUGUAUUAUAUUAGCUUCCAUUAAAAGAACGAUAGUAAGUUAAA